GUCUGCAAGCCGCUCUGCUAUAGUGCCAGUCGUCUUUAUCUCUCUCUGUAGCAGUGGCCAUGGCGAGCAGCGAUCCGGAGCGGAGAGAUGAGGAAGAAAGCGUUGCAACUGGCGAGGAGGAAGAUACGGGAGCGCAGAUCGCUCCGAUCGUUAGGCUGGAGGAGGUCGCCGUCAGCACCGGUGAGGAAGAAGAAGACGUCCUUCUCGAUCUGAAAGCUAAGCUCUAUCGAUUCGAUAAGGAAGGGAACCAAUGGAAAGAGCGUGGGGUUGGGGCGGUGAAGCUUCUUAAGCAUAAAGAGAAUGGGAAGGUUAGGUUGGUUAUGCGGCAGGCCAAGACACUCAAGAUUUGCGCCAAUCAUCUAGUUCUUCCAUCAAUCUCGAUACAGGAACAUGCGGGGAAUGACAAAUCUUGUGUUUGGCAUGCAUCUGACUUCUCUGAUGGGGAAUUGAAGGAAGAGCUCUUCUGUAUGCGUUUUGGAUCCUCUGAAAACUGUAGAAAAUUCAUGGAAAUGGUUGAAGAGAUUGCCCAAUCCCAAGAGAAGAAAGAGGAAAACAAAGAGGCUACCUCUGCUGCUGGACUUCUUGAGAAGCUCAGUGUUGGGGAAAGCAAAACUGAGGAGAAGAAGGCAGGGGAAGAGAAGAAGGAAGCUGAAAGCGUGCAGGCAAAACCAGAGGCAAAGAAGGAAAAGGAGGAAACAGAGCCUUCUGCAGCUUAGACAUGGGUGAUCAGUGUUCAUUCCCCUUGGGAUUUGCAUAUUUCCAUCAGGAGUUUGUUGGUAAGGUUUGUAUGCUUUUCCCCAUUCCUGGCACAUUGAUUCAAUUCGAGUUCUUGGGAACUCUGGAAGUGGUGUUGAAUCUGUUAAUCUGUUGUCUUUGUGCUAUGAUGAGUCUGUCAGUCCAUUGUCGGAUUUUUAUGAUAUCUUCAUUUGGUCUCUGCUCGGCAAUUUUUUAAAAGGUCUGGUUCUAUUGUGUGAAUUGAUGUUUUAGUGCAUUGUUGGGAAUUUUUGGUUUAUUUCCGUUGGGGUUUCUCAGAUAAUGAUAUUUUGUAAACUUCUUCA